CCUCCCAUCCUCUCCCCUCAACUCUCAAACAGCGGCGCCCUCUCAGGCUGAGGAGCUCCUACCGCCUCUCCUUCCCCACCGGAGAGGAGGAAGGGGAGGCGUGGCCGUGGGGGUGGGGGGUCAGGACUCAGCCCCACACUCGGUGCCUCCUCCAAACCCCUCAUUCCGGCAUCGGGGCUCCUUCCGGACCUCACCACGGAAAACGCGUUUUGUUUCGGGCUCUUUGGCUCCCCCUGAGAAUAAAUAAGACCAGAGUCGCCUGUCCGCUACACCUCUUCCUCCUCCCCUCCCCUCCCCCUCCCCACAUCCCUCUCUUCUCCUCGCCACCCUCUAAUAAUGUGGAAACUCAACAAGAGCGGCAAAGUUCUCCUGGAUGAUUCUCCGGAGGAAGAAGAGAGCCAGUCCCCACCUCCAGCGACACCAGCAGCUACCUUCUCAGCACAGGUUCAAGGAGCAGGUUUUCGAGGUUGGAAGGAAGUAACAUCCAUAUUUAAUAAGGAUGAUGAACAACAGUUACUUACAGGAUGUAAAUCUCCAAAAUCUAAAGGAACAAGCUUAAAAUUAAAAGAGGAUGUGAAAUCCGAAAAGAAAGCUGGAUUUUGGGACAGUUUGGUGAUAAAACAGAACAUCCAGUCCAGGAAGCCAGAUGAAAUUGAAGGAUGGGAGCCACCACAGAUCCCUGCCAGUGAUAACCUCAGCGACGCAGGAAGUACUCUGAGUGACUAUCCAUCUUGGUCAGGUUGGGAAGACGAAACCAAAGGCUCCACAAAAUACACCAACCUGGCAAGCUCAGGAAAUACGUCAAGAUGGAGCAUCAGAUCAGCUGGAAGGUUGGUUAGCAUAAGGCGACAGAGCAAAGGCAACCUUACUGAUAACUGGGAAGAACUAGAAUGACAUACAAAAUGUGAAAUGUUCUAUAAGUGAUGAUAAGCGACAUGGUUAUGUAUAUCUUCAAACCAAAAUCAAAACUGCUUAAUAUUGCACCUUUACAGAAGAGUAUUCCAAUUGUCCAACCAUCUGCUCACCUUAUCCUAAGUUUCUUAGUUCUUCCGUUUUCCAUAUUGAAUGAAGUCGAGCACCUACUUUGUGCCUAUAUUUCACACAUAUUCUAUAGCACCUUGGCUCGCUUUUUUAAAAAACAAAACAAAACCCCACAAUUUAAUGAAUGUAUACACUGGUUGAAUAUUUGACUGCCUUACAUAAGAACUUCUCUAGUUUGAAGUUCUCUCUUUCCUAGUUUUCAGACAUCAAAGAUCUAUAUUUUGAAUGCUGACCCUGUUGUGUAAAAGUGCUGAUUUGCCGUUUGGCACUGCAUUGUUUCAGCUUGAUACAUUGCUUUCAUUGUCCUGAACAUGAACACAUGAUUCUCAGGCUGGAACGCCGAAGAUCCUGCAUUUCCCCUAAAGUCCUGAAUUGCACAUGACUUGUAAGAACCCCACACAUACGUCUUUCUUCUUCCGUUACAAAAUCUUCGCUGAUGAAUUUCAGGCUUCCGUGUAUUAUGUUGAUUAAUCAAUAAUAUGGCUAAAACAGGUUUGCAAUCAUCCAAAACCACAUAACCACAGAUGAAUGAGGUGACCGCUAAGAUCUGAUUUAUGUAUUCCCUAAGUGCUGUAGCAGGCAACAAAAGUAGCUUUUAUAUGCUUGGGCUUCACAUUGCAGUAACAACAUACAAAAGGGCCCAUCGCCUCAAUAACCUAGGUCACACAGGUACUUUCUAUACUAGUACAGUCUGAAAUGGGUCUCUGUGUGCAUUACCAAUGCAGUAGGGAGCCUACCCUUAUGACUAUGAGUGUUGUCAGCAUCUACUAUAUCAUUUAGGAAAUGUAGGAAUCAGGCCCAGUUGUCAGAAAACUAUCUGUUUGAAGGGUUAUCAUUGCUUUUUUCCUUCUGUCCCCAUUCCCUCAAACUAUGACUCCAUGUUGCUCUUUUGCAGGACGUGUUUGAUGUUCUCUUGGCAUUUACAGAAUGACAGUAGUUAAUGCUCUGUCUCUGCUAUGUACAAGGGUUAUUUAAGUAUGUGUAUUUGCUGUUGUGAGGUUUAGUCUUACUGGUUGCUGCUACUUUUUUAUUAAUAACAAAGAGCUAUGCAUUAUAGUGCACAUGGGAAGUUGGAAAUGUACUAUAGGUAAAGUUUAGGGUAUCUCACACCCCCAAGUACUUUUACCUAUCCAUUUUAUUUAAAAUUGUCCAAUUUAUGAGAUUGGAGUGACAUAAAGGCACUGUAAUUCAGUGUACUCACACCACUGUGACAGAAGAAGUCCAAUACAUCAAUUUAAUGUCUCCUUUCAACCAUAACAUAAGAUAUACACAUAUGUGUUACAUGUGUGCCAUUUUUGCAUCUGUGAUAGCCAAAUUCUAACAUUUAGCUAUAUGACACAAGAUAAUCUUUGCUGCAUAGAAAACAAAUUGUUAAUGGUCAGAAUAACCGAGCACCACAACUUUCAUUUCUUAUGACUUGGCUCUGCGUACAACUUCCUUCAAUGGCUGGAGAUCUAACUGGCUCAGAAUGAUUUUGCCCAAUUCUUCAGUUCUUGCAAAAGGAAGUCUUAACCCUGACACUACUUGGAUGAAAGUAGCAAAUUGUCAGUAAAAGAGGAAAAAUAGUAGACAGGAGUCACCAGAGAGCCAUCUGUUUGUCUAGCUGCCACUAUUACUGAUCUGAAUAUGAAAAAAACAUGUUAAAAGUGCCUUGUUCUAUAAUACUGCACCAUAAAUGCUCAAACCUUUUAAUUACUUCCUUGUUCCUUAUGGACACUUGUUUAAUACUCUGUAAAACAAAUAUCAAUCCAAGAUGCUAGACUUAACUAUUUGUCCCAAAUUAUGAAUCUUUACUUGAUACUGAUGCUGAGCCUAUGUACCCCAGCUUGUACCUUAUUCAGCAAUAUGGACACCUUUAAAAAAUUCAAGACUUGCUUCCAGUGAGAUCAGCAAUUUUUAAACAAAAUGAAAUGUUUUAUAACUAUGCAGACUAUCCAUUUUAUGUUUUCAUAAUUUAAUAGCCCAUUCCACAUAAAAAGUUGUCACCCAGUGACAACAGCUGAUGGUAAAGUUUCUGUCACUGGUGGAUACAAACCAAAGAUUUUACAGUACUCUUGUGCAGGUUGCAGGAUUCUGUGGACUCGUCUGUCACAGCUAGAGAGUGCUUGUGGAACAAGAGCUGUCCUCCUGUUCUGUACAAGUAGCCUGCAGCUUGGAAUUGCACUAUUAGUCCAACUCUUCUUGCUCCUCCCCCCCCCGAAAUAUAUUUGAAGCCAAUAGCGUUUGUGCUAUUUUGGCAGGAGGCCACAAAAAGUUUGUAUCCUUUCCAACACCAAACUGUACCCGCUUGCUAUGGCAAUACAAUAUUGUGCUUUGUAGGGUUGGUAUUUUCAGCUGUCACACAAACUGAACCUGUAUUGAAAAAUGCAGAUUUGUUUAGGCAAGUUAAAAGCAGAGGAUGCAAACCAGUCAAAGCUGACGCUUGUAAGUCUCAUUCGGUUGAAUGGAAAAGUGAAAUGCAUGUUUAACUUUCACACAUAGAAAUAAGUAAGACUUAACACUGCUUAACUUUGGCUAGACCAUGUUCUGAAUUUUAUGUCUUAGAUAUAAUUGCAGAAUAUAGCCAUUUUCUUUAUGCAAAGAUUUCUAUAGUUUACAGUCCUUUGGAGGGCCUUCAUACAGCAGGAGCUGAAUUGUGGGACGUUGGCACUGAGCUCUGUCUUGGAAAGAAAAACCAGGAACGAUGGGGCAAAGGUGGUUAGAAGCUCAGUGUUCACCACCUGUGGAAGCUUCCUUAUACUGUGAUAGGUAGGGGUUAUGCCUUGCACAUUAUACUGUCAAGUGCCUGUACUUUACCUUGAUGACAUGUUCGUGAUGCUACGGCUUGAUUCCACGUGAAAGAAAUGUUCACACAUUUGUGCUGCAUUUAGAUACCAAUGAAGACAAAGAAACAUCCAUCACUCUAGAUCCUGUGUGCUGGCUUAAGCUGUUAAAUAGUCUCAUUUGUGCUGACGCAGUGCAAGCUUAUGCACAGAUUCUGACCCACUUCUCAGAAAACAGUUCCCGUUGCUCCUCUCAGUCACAUGACAGGCAAGCCUUUGCUUUAGCGUCUACAAGGCCAGCAGACCGCAAGGCGUGCUUAGCCCUGUUUUUCUACCUUCCCACCACAACCUAUGCUGCCAUGAACAGCAGGAGCUCUGAAGGAAGCACUAGCAGCCUGCUGCUGAGCUUGAUCCUGUCCCAAGCACUGAUGUGAGGGGAGAUGUUUCCUUCUUGGUCUGUGUGCUCUGGAGGUGGGUGGCAAGCCCACAGGAUCAGGCCUCAAGCGGGAAUCUGAGAUACAUAAAGUAUCAUCUGAUUUUUAAGCUAGGGGAGAUUUUUGUAAAAAUGGGACACAAUCCAACAAAAGUUCUGCACUUUCAUACCUCAUUGAUUUCCAUGCUAUUUAAUGUGUUUCUCUCUCAUUGAAAUCAGUGAGAUGCAAGUGUCCUUCAGUUUGGCUGGAUCAUGCUCAUAUUUUCCUAAAGCAUCAUUCUUUAAUUUUAAGGGCAGUGGUUAAAUUUUAAUGUAAUUUAUGGUUGUGCUUUUGUAGGAUUAUUUGUUUGAAAUGAGAUUACUCUUUUGUGGUAUUUUAUGUGUUGGGCAAAUUUUUAUUCUUUCAAUUCUUUUAAAAUAUCCACGAUGUAGAUGUUUGUGGACCUUCCCUUUUUUAAAAAAGGCAUAUAUCCUUCUUUGCUUUGUAAACAUUUGAUUUUAUGUCCACUGGUUUUAAAGACACCAUUACGAUUGUAUUCCAAGAUUGCACAUAUAUAAUGAUUUAAAUGUUUAUAUUGCCUUUUCGCUGCACAUAAGCAUAAAUCUUGGCUUGAACUCCAUGAAGGUGAAAACGCUUUAUGUGGCUGUAACAAGUCACAAUGCUCACAGUUUCUCUGGUAUUUUAUUAGUUUCACUUCAAAUAUAGUAUUUUCACAGAUGAAUUAAAAAAAAAAAGUUGAAACCAA